CCCCUUUCCGGAAGGAGUAUCAUCCGUACAAACUGCGGAAAGGUGAAGCACUGUGAUGCGGGACGAAAUAGUAUUACUUCAUGUGACCGGUAAAGUGCUUAGACGUGUGUUUUGAUUAUUUUUGUCUAUUCUUUGAAUCUUAGAUCUUCAUUACAUAUUUCCUCUUCAGUUCGCAGAGGUAGACGCGUGUUUGAAAAAAAGGAAAACAUAAGCAAACCUAAAAUAUGCAAAACUACGCAGAGGUGGUGAGAGACUUUGUAGAGAAACAUGCCACCGGUCUCACUGUUGCUUUUGUUGCAGGUAAGUUACAGUUGUGCGUCUGAUAAGUGUAUGAAAGUUUUUUUAUUAUGUCACAUUUCCUUAAAUGUCAGUGAAAGUAAGGUUACUUACACUGCUCUCCUACUGUGAAUGAGAUCUGUGUGUCUGAUAAGAAUCUGACCCUGGACACUAACACUAACUGCUGCAGUCUGUAUAUGUGUAAAUAUAUAGAUAUGUAGACAUAAAUGUUUGUAUGACUUUUAAAAGGUUUAAUGGUAUUUCUUUUGUCAGUGCAACAAGUAUUGAAACCAGCAGACUGCAGCUCUCAAUCACAAGGCCUAAUCUCUCUGAACCUUAAGCCAAUUCUUAAAUCUCCUUAGCACAAUUGUUUAAUUUAAUUUCUUAUUCUCCUGUAACUGAACUUAUUUUAGCCACCUUGGCCACUAAGAAAUCACACAAGAGAGUAAACAAAGAUCUACUCUUUUCUGUCAGGAGCAGGUUUACUGGCUGUGCGCAGAUGGUUGGCGGGGGGAGUGUGUCGGAGCAAGGUCAGGCUCGAUGGAAAAACAGUGCUGAUCACAGGAGCCAACACUGGCAUUGGGAAGGAGACAGCCUUGGACAUGGCCCAGCGAGGUGAGAGCCUCAUUGCUGUCUUACUUUUUUCUGUUGCACUUUAUUUUCAUAAGAUCAGAAUCUUUUCAACCACCUUUUGACCACUGUGGCUGUAAAAGUCACUGUUUUAUCGACACUUUGUCGUUCUGUCAAGGUGCCAGGGUGAUCUUAGCCUGCAGGGACAUGACCAGAGCUCGCAUUGCAGCUGAUGAGAUCCGACAAAGGACUGGGAACGGCAAUGUGGUAGUAAGGAAACUAGACCUGGCCUCGCUGCAGUCUGUCAGAGACCUGGCCAAAGAAAUUCGGGAGAAUGAGAGCCGAUUGGACAUCCUCAUCAACAAUGCAGGUAUUUCACUGCUGUUACUGCAGCCGCUUGGCAGCAGUAAAAAAAAACAGAACAAUUACAUAAUCAUAAUAAUAACAACAACAUUAGAUAUUUGAAUACUAGAUUCAAGUAGAGGAAAGCACUUGGGGACUUCAACAAAACAGUAACUAAGAGUGUUUUCCAACUGUUAGGUAUCAUGAUGUGUCCUAAGUGGAAGACAGAGGAUGGCUUUGAGAUGCAGCUUGGUGUGAACCACUUGGGACAUUUUCUUCUCACUAAUUGUCUCCUCGACCUGCUAAAGAAGUCAACUCCAAGCCGCAUUGUCAUUGUCUCCAGCCUUGCACAUGAGAAAGGUAAAAUAAACCUUGGUUAUCAUCAUUGUGAAUGAAAACGUGUUAUUUUUCCAUGGCUUUUCUUAACUCCUAAAUCUGUAGACAUUUCCCAGUAACAUUUUUAUAUAUAAAUUCAUUCUUCACCUAAAGUUUCACUUGUGCUGUUUAAACUCUAUUACCUCUUGAUUUCUGUUUAUAUGCUACUUUGGUUUAUUUGUUUUGCAGGUCGUAUCCACUUUGAUGACAUCAACCUUGAUAAAGAAUACAAGCGUGAGGUGAGCUACCGUCAGAGCAAGCUGGCCAAUAUGCUGUUCUGCAGAGAACUGGCUACUAGACUGCAAGGUAUCAUCUCAUACACAUCCCAGACAUACAGUGUUUAUAAACCCAUCCAAAAGUGUCAAUAAAACUGUGUUGUUACCAUCAAAAGUUCUGCAAGAUUAAGACUGGAGAGGGACACGCACCUGACUUUGUCAGCAGUCCUAUGAUUUAUGAUGAAACUAACAUCCAAUGUGAUGGAUCCCUCUCUUUAGGCACUGGUGUGACGGUGUACAGCCUUCACCCAGGGGUCAUCCGUACAGAGUUAGGCCGUCACUUAAUUCCAACUUUAUCUCUGUGGAAGAGAGUUCUUGCCAUGCCAUUUGUAAUGCUGAUCAAAAGUCCCUGGGAAGGAGCCCAGACCACCAUCCACUGUGCUGUGGAUGAGAGCCUGGCUUAUGAGAGUGGUCUCUACUACAGGUGAGCACCUCUGCAGGAUGUGACUGUUCAGACUGAUUUAACUCAGUGAGUGAUGCCUAAAGUUGCAGGUUUUUCUCCAUCAAGAAGAGAGUGACCAGAAAGUGAUGAACUGUUUGUAACUGCUUCUUUCAUCAAAUCAGAGUGUGAACAUUUCUCAUUUAUAUCUUAUUAUUCUCUCUGUUAUGCAGUGACUGUGCCACUAAAACACCAGCCCCACAGGCCCUGGAUGCUGCUGCAGCCAAGAGGCUGUGGGACCUCAGUGCUUCAAUGGUGGGUUUGGCGUAAACACAACAGUCGACCCUGCUGUUGCUGGAACCAGUCUCUUUGUGAACACUGGCAAAGGAAGCGGGCAAUGAGGCUUUUUAAAAAACCUUGUACAAAAGAGCAUUGCAAUAAUAUUUUAAUAUUUUAGUACAAAAAUAUUUGCAUCAUUUUACACCAUUUAACCAAAGACAGCAGACGGCUUUAUCUUUAUAUUCUACAUAGUAUUCAUUAUAAUAUUUACUUUAUACACAUCUAAAGUGUGCAGCUUUAUUCUUAGCAAAACAAGGUAACACUAUUUUUUUCAUUUCCACAAGAACUGCUCUCCUGCACUGAACUUUUUUACUAUUAUGAAUACCAAAUUGGGUCAAACAGACCCUCAGAUUAAGAGACUUCUAGCACUUUAAGAUGCUGCUUUUAUUGAUAGCACUGAACAACAACAGUUUUUUUUAAAUUUAAUGACACCAGAUUGUGACUCAUCAACCUCAUGCAGGAAAAAAAAAAAAAACACAGGUGAAAAAGGGUUAACUUGACCCAGAGUCAAAGCAGUGUUAUAAUCACUUUGUCUUUAUUUUUACUUGGAUUUGGGAUCAAAACACACCCUCUCUAAGUAUUGCUGCUGAUUGAAGUUAACCAAAGUGCUAUACUAACCCAUGCUGAGUUUGCUUUAAGUUCAUGUGCAACCAUAAAAAUUAUGUCAAAAAUACAUAAUUCUUAAACAAGUACAAGUAAGGGAAGAUGAGAGCCUAAUCGUGCACAGUUUGAAUUGAAAAUCACUUCCAUGAUCGAAGGUUGGGAUGUGACAGUAUGUGUUUGCUGCAGUGAGGAUUUUUAAGUUUCAUCCUCCAGGUGUAGAGAGAGGACACAUGAGAGGCUGGAGCAGUGAGGAAGCAGAUAGAGUGAGAUAAACCUUCAAGAGUGCACUCUGUAGUGUGUGUGUGUGCAUGUGUGUGAGUGUGUGAUAUGAACACAAAUGGUAGUGUUUGUUGGCUUCUUUUCUCUGUUUUGCUGCUGUAGCUCUUGGAGGAGAGCAUUAUUACCUUGAGCUGUUACCAAAAUUAACCAAAUGGAUGUAACAGGGAACCAUUAGGUGUGCAAUUUGUUUAGCCAUGAGUGUUGGAUUAAAAAAAACGCAACAAAACUUUGAAAGGCGUGUUUAUUAAAGAUUAAAGGCUGCAAAUAAAAAAAAGGAAAAAUAAAAAAAA